CCUCCGGGAUAGCAGUGCGGAAGCGGAAGAGGCUGCAGGGCCGGGGAGCCUGUCCGGAGGCCGUCUGGGUCCUGGGGUCCGGGCCGCCCGCCGCGAUGCCGAGCCCCCGGAGGAACGUGGAGGUUCGCGCCCUGGGCGCCUCUGCCUCGAGCAGCAGCAGCAGCAGCCCCAGCAGCCCGGCCCACGGCGGCGGCAGGUUCGAGUUCCAGUCCCUGCUCGGCAGCCGCGCGGCGGGCGCGGACCCCACCUGCGCCCGGCUCCGCGUGUCCGAGAGCCCGGUGCACCGGCGCGGCUCCUUCCCGCUGGCGGGGGCCGUCCCCUCGCAGGCGCCCCCGCCCCCGCUGCCCGAGGAGGACCGCAUCGACCUGAACCCGUCCUUCCUGGGCAUCGCCCUGCGCUCCCUGCUGGCCAUCGACCUGUGGCUGUCCAAGAAGCUGGGGGUGUGCGCGGGGGAGAGCUCGUCCUGGGGCAGCGUGCGGCCCCUUAUGAAGCUGCUGGAGAUCUCGGGACACGGCAUCCCCUGGCUGCUGGGCACCCUCUACUGCCUGUCCAGGAGCGACAGCUGGGCCGGGCGCGAGGUGCUGAUGAACCUGCUCUUUGCUCUGCUUUUGGACCUGCUGCUGGUGGCCCUGCUCAAGGGGCUGGUCCGCAGGCGUCGCCCAGCCCACAACCAGAUGGACAUGUUUGUCACCCUCUCGGUGGACAAGUACUCCUUUCCCUCGGGACAUGCCACCAGGGCCGCCCUGGUGUCGCGGUUCAUCUUGAACCACCUGGUGUUGGCCAUUCCACUGAGGGUGCUGGUGGUAUUGUGGGCCUUCAUCUUGGGCCUCUCCAGGGUCAUGCUGGGGCGACACAAUGUCACCGACGUGGCUUUUGGCUUUUUUCUGGGCUACAUGCAGUAUAGCAUCGUGGACUACUGCUGGCUGUCACCGCACAAUGCUCCAGUCCUCUUUGUACUGUGGAACCAACAAUGACACCGUCUUAUUCAUUAUGGCACCAGGAGAUCUAGAUGUUUCCACAUGCGAUCAUGCUGACAUAAACCAGCAGCCAUACCGCUUGUCCCUCUUAGGACAUUUCAGGCUUCCUUUGGAAUUUUAGGUGCCCCUCUUGAUGGGUUGCUAGGCUGAAGCCACAUGCUGGCCAUUACUGAUCAGGGCCAUAUUACAGAAAGAAAGAAAAAUCCCACUGUUAUACAUUCAACAACUGUUUGUAUCUCCAGGACAACUGCAAAGAAAUCAAGCUGGGGUGAUUGUAAUGUUGCUGUUUUUUCAAAAUUGACAUCAGAAAAAUUGUAUUUUGUAGUGAUCCUAUACGUCAGUAUAUCACUUGUGAACUGAACUUUGGGGGGGAAAAAAAGGAUCUUCAUUCUGUAAAUAUACAGGCAGAUAAGCUGCAUACUAAUCAUAGUUCUUAGUUAUUUAAGAGUCUAAGACAUAGCUUUUUCUAGUUUAUUCUCUGAAGAUCUGUUAUCACAGCUGGGGAGAUUUCCUCUUAAUCUUGAUUUUCUUGGUAAGCAUUUUUAGUUUAUUGUCUCUUCCAUCUUUGUGGACUUGGUAGUGAGAAGAGAGAUUAUAGUACAUAACUUUCUUUUACCUCUUCAAAAGGUCUUUAAAUUUAUAUUUAGUUCCCACUAUUCUCUAAUAUUAUCUUUUAGCAUUCAGAGAACAAGCCAAGAACUUACUUGAAGAAGAUACACUGAAAGAUGGACAUACCUAUAGUCUCUAGAAAAAAAGGGAGGAUAGAACAAUGGCCUUACGCAGAAAAGAUAAGCUACUGAGGAGGUCAGAGAAACUGAGAGUUUGGGGGUAGCUAACCACAUACUACUAAUAUGUCAAUGGACCAGUAUGAUAGGAUAUGGGGCCCUGCUACCUGUCAUCUCUACUGAAUUAAAAACAAAAAAAAUGCCCUCCACUGAGUUAAUAAAAUGGGAAAAUAAUGUGA